UCAACUUUGUGUUGGAGUAAUAUUUUAUACACGCAGUCGAUCUUCCCCGAUCGAAGCGGUCGGCGCUAGUGUUCCAUGUACGGGUAGCAGGUAAGAAAGCUACAAGUAAAUAUCCGCUCAGAUUCCUGUCAAGAUGGAAUAUUACCGUGGAGCAUGUUUUGCUUUGACAACUGAUGUAUAUUUUUUAUGACUUCGAAAGCUAUUUGACCUACAUUGAUCCAAAGGCAAGUAUAAAUUCGCAUUUUACGGUUCAACUUGUAGUGUAACGAAAACAAAGCUUAUGGUAAACAAAGGUAUCACGUGACCAGAAAUUCUCUAUUUUUGUGAAGUCGGUUUUGUCGUGUAAAUUCUAAGACGUUGUCGGAAAUUCGUUUGAAUAAGUCUCAGAGGAAUUUAGAAGUUUUAAACGAUGGCAAUGAAGUAAAAAGGUUUAAAACUUGCGGUUUUGUUGAUGUUUUGGUUUGGCUAAAUUUGCAGCCCUUCUCCGAAGGGAACGUCGUAGCUGUUGGACAUGCGCAAAACUGUCCAAUUCAAACAUCAUGGCGCUUGUUCACAGUGAAGGUCAGGAUCGUUGGUAUUUUUCAAAAGAAGAGUUGCAAAGAACGCCCUCUGUGCUUUCUGGAAUCGAUGUUGCGAAAGAGCUAAGUUAUAGGCAGCAGUCUGCUAACCUAAUUCAAGACAUGGGGCAGCGAUUACUAGUCUCACAGCUCACAAUCAAUACAGCAAUCGUCUAUAUGCAUAGGUUUUACAUGUUUCACUCGUUUCAUGACAUGAAUCGCAAUUCCAUUGCUCCAUGCUGUCUGUUUCUGUCUGCAAAGCUAGAAGAACAGCCAAGAAAACUGGAACAUGUUAUAAAAGUGGCAAAUAUUUGUCUUCAAAAGAAUGAACACCUUGAUCCAAAGAGUGAGGCAUACCUUCAACAGGCUCAAGACCUUGUCAUCAAUGAAAGCAUAUUACUUCAAACAUUAGGGUUUGAAUUGACUGUUGAUCAUCCUCAUACACAUGUGGUCAGAAUAACACAGUUAGUAAGAGCAAGCAAAGAUCUUGCCCAAACAUCGUAUUUCAUGGCUACAAACAGUCUUCAUCUCACACCUUUUUGUAUUGAGCACAAACCUUCUGUCGUCGCAUGUGUUUGCAUUCAUCUGGCUUGUAAAUGGUCCAACUGGGAAUUUCCUCGGUCUAGUGAUAAUAAGGAUUGGUGGGAAUAUGUGGAUCCUACAGUAACUAAACAAUCUUUGGACACAAUCUGUCAAGAGUUUUUGACUAUAAUCGAGAACUGCCCUAACAGGUUGAAGAGAAGAAUUAGCACUGUUACCAUUUACAAGGGGGGUCAUCGCCCCAAGACCGCCGGGGAGAAGUCCGGUAAAAAUGUUGCUCCAACAAAUGGUAACGCAUCAACUUCUAAAGAGGAAUCCUCCUCGAAGAGUGAAAAUUCAUCCAAAGGGGAACCAUCGAACAGCGAAUCGUUGAAAAGAGAUCAUUCGACGAAUAAUGAUUCAUCAAGUGCCAUUGAUACAUCUACGAAGCAAUUAAACGAACAAAUUUGUAAAAAGAAAAACAGCAAUGCAACGCUAACGAUCACUAGCAGUGCUGCUGUAGUGGAAACACCAACGUCCACAGUCGUGUUGCCUUCAUUGCCACCUCUAACUACAAGAUAUGCGAACGUAUCCAACUCGUCAAGUUCGAUGACUCAUGAAAACCAAGUUAAGAUCGCCAGUAAUAAUACUAAGAGCUCAGGUGGUAAUAAGGAUGAUAAAGUAAUUUCAGGAACCAAACACAAACAACGAGAGCAUGAUGAAUCGCUUACCCCUGCUAAGAAACUAAAAACAGUCCACUCCGGCUCGUCACAUAGCUCUCAGUCAAAACAUCCGUCCUCUUCAAAUCGACCGCCAUCUCAGUCUAAGCACAACAGCUCACACUUGCCAUCCAAACCAGGCUUUCAUUCCACCCCUGGUUCACAUCACAAAUUACCAACAAAGAGUGGCAGCACCAACACGGGCCAGCCUCAUCGUAGUUCUUCACCCAAACCAACAAUGAAAAGCAGUUCGGCUAACAGUUCUCAUGCACAUCGUACCUCCAGCAGUUCAGCUCAUGGAAAUAGUUCCACUCACUCGCAUCACAGCUCAAACAAACGUCACGGGCACUCAGCAAGCAGUCAUACAAAUUCUCACCCCAGUGGUAGUAAAUUACCAACAUUACAUAGACAUAGUGGCUCACCUUUAGAUGCUAAGAAAUCUAGCGGCGAUCGUCACAGACGUCCGUCAUCCUCCUUCAUGAAACCGAGGCCUGAUAUGCCAGCGUCGGCGGUACCAUCAAAUGACCGUUCUAGUGAUACAGAUAAAACAAAGAAAAAUGUAUCCGAGGAUUUUGCAUCUCCGCCUGGGCCGCAGAGAGUUCAGAAAUUUCCACCGCAACGACCAAUAAACAUCACUGAUAAAACUACGCAUCACGCGGGGCCACCCUUACCUUCAAGUGCACAAGCUACUCCACCACCGCCACCUUUACCAACAAAUCUGCCCCCGCCUCCACCACCACCACCAACGUGAUGUUUAAAAACAGCGUUGAAUUUGAAUCCAGGUUUGCGGUGUUUUUUGCUACGCGUGUGUUAUUACACUUUUUAGUGAUAUACAGGAGCCCUGUCUCUUUCGUUGCAACACAUUUCUUUAAAUGAAAAAUUCGUAUAGAGCUGUGGCCACUGUAGGGCGUCCUUAUAUCAGUAUUCAUAUUUAUCCGACCAAAUAUUGGAAAGGUGAUAUAUUUUAAACACAGGUUGCACAAAAUAACUCAUUGCAUUAAUACCAUCGAUGUUCUGGUUAUUGUAACGAUCGUCGACUGUAUUCGUCCACACAGCCAAUGUUCGUCGAUGAUGGAUACCGGUCCGGUGAUGGGUUCCUUCAUCUCGCAAAAUUGUGAAAUUAUGAAAUUAUUUUGUAGCGCUAUUCAGCAUGAUUUAGUCGCUUUCAUUCCCUUGCAUAUAACGUCGCGCGAAGCUUCCUAACCGUUAAACGUUAUUGGAGAGUUUAUAGGGCAAGAUCAUUAUAUAGGAGCAGGCUCACUAUAUUUCAAUCUUGGAAAAGAAUUAAUGUCUGAAAUUAAAACAACUGUUUGCAGUAAUCAAAAGCGUGAUUCGUUUUGUAUUAGAAUCAGAUCAUUUCUGGAAAUGAACUGUAAUGUGAUGAAACUCGCGUAGACAUGUAGUGAGUGCAUAAUGUGGUGUGGACAUUUGAACACUUGUAGUAACUCAGUGAAUAGAAUCCUGUUGGGUUUUGGUUAAAGAAAGAAUACACUGCCACUGUAUGUAAAAGGUUAUUUACGAAUAAUGAGCUACAUAUUUUCCAUA